UGAGAGUAUAUGUGAGGAGCAGCCGAUAGGCAGGGCACUGUUCAGGGAGUUUUGUGAUACAAAACCAGAGCUCAAAAGGGCCAUCACAUUCUUAGAUACAGUUAGUCGCUAUGAAGUUUCUUCACAGGAUGACAGGAGCAGACAAAGUCAUGAAAUCUUUCAUCAAUAUAUAUCACAAGAGAGUCUACAAAGAUUGGAGAUGAUUGAAGGAGAGAAGGUAACAGAAUGUCAGAAUGCAUUACUAGAUACACCAGGAACAGAGCUUUUCAAUGAAUGUAGAAUAGUUGUAAGAGAAUACCUAAAAGGUGAACCAUUCAAAGAGUACCAAGAUAGUAUGUAUUACUCCAGAUUCUUACAGUGGAAAUGGUUAGAAAGGCAACCAGUAACAAAAAAUACCUUCAGGCAAUACAGAGUGUUAGGUAAAGGAGGAUUCGGUGAGGUUUGCGCAUGUCAGGUCAGAUCAACAGGCAAGAUGUAUGCUUGCAAAAAACUGGAGAAAAAGAGGAUAAAGAAAAGGAAAGGAGAGACAAUGGCUUUGAACGAGAAAAUACUGCUCCAGAGAGUUAAUAGUAGAUUUGUAGUAAGUAUUCUUUGCAUGAAUAGCAAACACAGGAUACAAUGCACUGCUGGGUUGGCAAACACUUGGAUUGCCCCAAAAAGUUAUGCUCAGACGAGUGAAAAACAUGGCUGUCAUUACACUCUAUUUAGUGGGAUAGUCUCCUCUUUUACAUGACAUGGUUGCUUCUUUUUUUUUAAAUAGAACGUUUCGAUUUUACUCUCUAGAUUAUCUUGUCAUUAAAAACAAAAAGUGAUUUUCUCAAAAAAAAUUUAUAUAAGGUUAACCUUGCAGUGAAUUGUUUAUUUUUAAUGUAAAAUGGGUGCCAUCCUGUGACUUCAUCGUCAUACAUCUCUGCAGUGAUUUUUUCAUCAAUUUUAUGAACUGCCCCCACCCCCAUUGUUAUUGAUUAUAUUAUUUUCCCUUUUUCUUGUUGACGGGCUGUAUUGUGGUUUAAAAGACUAUUUGCCACUUAAAGAAACAAGACUGGCAAGAAAUCAUGCUUUUUGGUGAUUACUAGGCCUUGGAAUUACCAUUCUCUUGUUGUUCUCGCAAAAUAAUUGUCCAAAUUAAAAAAGAAGAAAAGAAAAUGAAAUAAAAGCAGAGAUGGCCUCAAUGCAAAGCCAUUGAUGGCCUCAAUUCAAUAAUUGUUGCAAUGAUGAUGCUAUCAGGCUAGAAAAUGUAUUUUUAUUAUUCUGUUUUAUCUUGACUAUAUAAUCAGUCAGUGUGAAUAUGUAAUUGGAGAGAAAAGGAGGGAUGAAAAGGUAGUGAGAAAGAGAGGAACAAUGUAAUAUAGAAUGGCCUUGAUUUAUACGUGAACAUAUUUUACAAGCUGUAAAAGACAAGUCUCAAUCCUGUUCAUUUUAUUUCUCUAACCUUUUUCUUUAUCAUGCAUGUCAAUAAUGUUAAAAUCUUAAAAUCCCUUUAAGGUGGAAACAUUUUUUUCAAAAUUUGAAAUAAUUAUUCCCUAUUCAUUCAAAUUCUCCUGAAUUUAGGGUUAUUGCUUGAUAAAUCAUUAAUGUAGUUUAUUUCUCUGGAAAUCUGGAAAUUAAUCGACUAAGUCAUUAUUUGAAGUUUCUUUAAUAUUAACAAUGAAAGUGAUUUAUUUUCAAUAGAUGCAUGAUUACAAAGAGGUACCAUUGAAUAAUGGGAGAGUGUUUCAUGAACCAUCUUGUCAGUUAUUUUCUCUGACAAACUUGUUUUGAGCCAAUCACAUGGAAGGAUUUUAGUAGAUUAGAAAAAAAAACACUAUUUGUUACAUGAAAUGCCCCCCCCCCCCCCGUUCAACUCCAUUCUGAUGUCAUGCUUUCCUGUGGUGCAGCUUAUGCAUGCACUAAUCACAUGAUUAUUUAUUAACCAAUUUGAAGCCCUAUUUGAUCAGCUUUUAUUCCUCAAAUUGGCAACUGCAGUAUUUCUCUUUCAUGUGUACAUUUUCCUCUUUUUAUGUACCUGAAAUGAAUAGAAAUGGAUAGUGGAUGUGUUUCCAAGGUUUUAAUAGGAAUUUGCAGCUUUGCAUGAAAAAAAUGACAUAAAAGAUUCAGACGUUCCCAUUUAAUUACCAAUCCGAUGAUUUAAGUAAUCAUUUUCAUUAUUGACAAUGGCAUUUUAAGAAUAUUUAUUGUAAAAAAAAAGAUAAAUAUGCAAUUCAUGUAAUAAAAGUAGGCUGAGUAUGUGUAGAAUAUUUUCUCCCUACAGUAUCUUGUAUGAUUUUUUUUGUCAUGCUUCUUCAUUGAAUGUCUCUGAGCCAAGCCACGGAAUAUGGCCACUUAUAGGGAAAAGGAAAUUAGCUAGCUAAGUAGUAGGAAGAUUAGAAGCAAAAUAUCUAUGUACCUCAAUCAUUCUUACUCUAAUAUGCGCUGUGGACUGUUCACAUCAUGCCCAGAGGAAACAUCAUCCCUUUCUUCAUACUGUGGUGUGUGUGUGCCAUCAGAUGACCUAGUUUUGUAUUAGCUUGGCAUUUUCUAUUAUAGAAAAGAGAUCACAAAAUACCAAGGGUUUUAUUUUUUUUUAAUUUGUUUGCCCCUAUACACUGCUUUAGCUUUAAUAGCCCAUUUUACAGUGGUGCUCAAAAGUUAGUGAAACCCACUGGAAAAUGAAUAUUUAAAGGGAUCAAGUUCUGCCAUGUUUUAGAUAUUUAAAGUGAGAUGAUAAAAUAUUACAUUCAAUAAAGUUUGUUUCUCCGGCCUUGCCUAACAUUGUAGUGUUGUUGUCGGCAUUCAACACUCAGCAUGAAGGAUUGCAUUUUGUGGUGGGGUCACUAGCUUUUAAGCGCAACUGUAUAUUUGGUACUUUACUAUUCCCUUUUCUAUGCAAGAUGCAAAAACCUUAAAACACACACACACAAACUUUAAUUUCCUUUUAAAAAUAUUUCAAGGCUACCCCCUUUCUGGUCCAUUCAAUCAUCUUGCAUUUUACAUAUUUAUGAAUGAAUGAAUGGAAUAUUUCACACACCCCAUAUUUCUGUUAUGUUUUAACAAAGUGGGACUGAAAUUUUCAUUGUAAUGCCUAUGAACAAGAAUAAUUUUAAUAUGCAAAGAUGUUAAUUCAAUUUUAGUUGAUAGCAAUAGUAAUUGAGAAUCUCAAUGCCUAUUCCAAGCAUUCAUAAAUUCAUGCAUAAAUUUAGGAUUAUCAUCAUGAAACAUUGCCUAGCCUGGCCACUUUACACAUUUUAUGACAUUUUAAUAUGCAUAUUUUUGUUGUUGAGAAUUGAUGAUGAUGAUGAUCUAUAGCAUUUAUAUUGCGCCACUUAAGACCUGUGAAAUUUUUUUUUGGCCGGAUGCCAUUUGAUACUACUGUGUAUGAUACAUUGAAGGAUCACACUCAUUAAUGUAUCAUGUAUGGUAAAGGCAUCCACGUCUCAGAAAUGCAUUAUUUGUCAAAGUGCUUGUUUACUGUAGUGCUAACCAAGGUACCUCUCUGUGAUGUGCUUAGAACUGUAUGAUGUGCUACAUAUUGUAUGCCCCAUUUCUAUCUAUUACUGAGCCUAUAUUGGUCAGCCAUUAGUGAAAGCAUAUUGGCAGGCCAAAGAUUUAAGCUUUGCAGAGAGGUGGUUCAGGUUUGACCAAAGAGAAUUAAGACUAUGGACGGCUCCAAUCCAAAGUCAUAUUUUACCAGCUAAAUUUGUUUUUCAAUGGUAAAAAGCUUUUGACAUGCCCAAAACUUGACAAUGUGAAAGACUUGCCAGCUGAAAUAACUUUAUGGCCAGCCAAAACCUUGAGCUUGAGGGCAGGGUUAUCAUAUUUUCAAAUUCGCUCAUAUAUUACAUGCAUUGAGGAGAUAUCCUAUUCUCGUUACCUGGUGUGUACCAUCAAAUGACCUAGUUUUGUUUUAGUUUGGCAAUUUAGAUUUUAGAUAUU